AGCCAACGGGAGUUGUUUGUUAUACUGGAUGGACCUUGGGCGCAAGAUUCUAUUCAGCGAGGCAUUCUUACUUUUUACACCGACUUCACGCAACGCGUCUUCUCUGGUUGAAACUUCACCACACCCACUAGUCACAAGUCAAGUCCCGGCAAGAUGGCCGUCGUAAUCGGCGAGGUUGCUCAGCUCCUUGAUGCGACCCUUGACCCUCAACAUCACAAAAAAGCCGAAGCCGCUCUCAAGAUAGAAGAAAGGAAGCCCCAGUUCUCCUUGACACUUUUGCAGAUCGUCAACUCGGACGCCCUCCCUUCCAAGACUCGUCUGGCAGCCGCGCUCUGUUUCAAGAACUUUAUUAGGGGCAACUAUGUGGACGAAGAUGGCAAGUAUAAGUUGCCCGAGGACGAGGUCGCGACACUCAAGCAAGAGCUUGUCGGACUCAUGAUCUCAUCUCCGCCAAACAUCCAAGCACAGCUCGGCGAUGCCAUCAGCAUUAUUGCGGACUCCGACUUUUGGGAGCGUUGGCAGACACUGAUACCGGAUCUUGUUAGCCGGUUGUCAACGUCCGAUUUCAAGAUUACAAAUGGCGUUCUUGAGGUCGCCCACUCGAUCUUCGUGAGGUGGAGGCCAUUGUUCUCAUCAAACGAGCUUUAUACCGAGAUCAAUCAUGUCCUAUCUCACUUUGGCGAGCCGUUCUUGAAGCUUCUCGACAGCACACACCAACGCAUUGAGGCAGCCAAAGGAGACGCGACACAACUCAAGGGCUGGCUUCAGACGAUGGAUCUUCUCGUCAAGAUCCUGUUCGACCUUUCAUGCCAAGAUCUUCCUCCCAUAAUUGAAUCCAACAUUGCCAGCCUGUGCACACUUCUGCAAACAUAUCUGUCCUACUCCAACACCCUCCUGGAUGGCGAUGACGAGGAGGAGACUGUCAUUGAGAUGGUCAAGUCUGAUAUUUGCUCCGUCUUGACUCUAUAUUUCUCCAAAUUCGAUGAUGAUUUUGGUAACACGGCCCAGGAGUUCAUUCCGGCUGUCUGGCAUUUACUCUCGUCGAUCGGCAUGGAGAAGAGAUAUGACGGACUCGUCAGCAAAGCCCUACAGUUCCUCACCACUGUGGCAGGUAACCCGCGCCAUGCGCCCCACUUCAACAGCGAAACUGUGAUAAAGGAGAUCGUCGAGAAGGUGGUACUGCCAAAUAUCAGCUUACGCGAGUCCGACAUCGAAAUGUUUGAGGACGAGCCGAUUGAGUUCAUUCGGCGUGAUCUGGAAGGCUCAGACUCUGACUCGAGGAGGAGGGCGGCAACGGACUUCUUGAGGAGGCUGCAGGAGAAUGACGACAAACUUGUCACUCAAGUGGUCGGCCAAUACAUCAACCACUACCUCGGGCAGGCCGACUGGAAGUCCAAGGACACUGCGGUCUACCUCUACCUUUCAAUUGCUGCCAAGGGUGCUGUGACGGCGGCAAGGGGAGUUCAGACCGUCAACCCCCACGUCAAUGUGGUCGACUUCUUCCAACAGCACAUUGCCGGAGAUCUGAUCAAGGACGAAGGUGUCGAGCCUAUUUCAAAGGUCAACGCCAUCAAGUACCUGCACAACUUCCGCAGCCAACUUACCAAGGAGCAAUGGAGUGGAGCCAUCCAGCCGCUUAUCGUCAACAUGGCCUCGUCGAACUAUGUCGUAUACACAUACGCCGUUAUCACCGUGGAGCGUGUGCUGUUUCUUACAAACGAACAAGGGCAGCACCUUUUCACGAGAGCGGACAUUGAGCCACUUGCCAAAGACUUGCUGGAGCAUCUUUUCAACUUGGUUGAGAAGGACAGAUCACCUACCAAGAUGCAGGAGAACGAGUUUUUGAUGAGGUGCAUUAUGCGGGUUCUAAUUGUCAUCAAGGACGGCGCAGUCCCGCUGUUGGACACUGUGCUCGAUCGUCUCAUCAGCAUCACAAAUGUGAUCAAACAAAACCCAAGCAACCCGCGUUUCUACUACUAUCACUUUGAGGCCGUCGGCGCCCUGAUUCGCUACUGUGCGGCCACCGAUGCCAGCAAGUUGGAGGCGAAGCUCUGGGAGCCGCUCUCGUCAAUCCUCAAUGAGGACGUCACAGAGUUUGUUCCGUAUGUCUUCCAGCUGUUCGCCGCGCUCCUUGAAUCAUCGCCAAACACUGUAGCGCCAAACAACUUCUUGAACCUCCUGAAGCCCGUGCUUUCUCACACAGUCUGGGAAACCCGAGGUAAUGUCCCUGGAUGUGCUCGUUUUCUCUCAGCAAUCGUACCCAAGGUCGCAGAAGGAAUUGUCGCAGAAGGACAUCUUGAGGCGAUCCUGGGCAUCUUCCAGCGGUUGCUUGCGUCCAAAAAGACUGAGCCGAAUGCUUUUGACAUCUUGGAGGCUAUCGUGGGCUCUUUCCCGGCUUCUGCGCUGGACCAAUACUUCGGAACCAUACAGUCGCUGUUAUUCAAAAAGUUCGAGACGGAUGUGCCCGACUCUUUUAAGCAACGGUUCGUUCGAUUCUACCACCUCGUCUCUGCCCGGGGAGUUGAGGCUGGUUUCGGUGCAGAUUACUUCAUUAAGCAUGCCGAGGCUUUGCAAGCCAAGGUUUUCGUGCCACUCUAUCUGAAUUACGUCCUUCCGGUCACCGCUGGCUUUGCGCGGCCAGUAGAUCGCAAGCUCGGUGUCAUCUCGUACACCAAGACGCUUUGUGAUUCGACUGCCUUUGCUGAGACGUAUGCGAAGGGCUGGGGUUUUACAUGCAACCACCUGCUGGAGCUUCUCAGCAAUCCGCCCAAGGUAACAACCGGAGCAGGCGACGAGUUCAUCACUGAAGCCGAUGUAGAUGACAUCGGAUUUGGUGUGGGCUACACGCCACUCAACACCUGCAAACGGGGUCCUCGUGAUGACUUUCCCGAGAUUACCAACGUGCAAACCUGGGUGAGCGAGUACAUGAAGUCGGCCAACCAGCGUACCGGCGGAAAGCUUGCAACGUUUGUCCAGCAGCGGCUGGAGGAUGCUAGCAAGGCGGAGCUAGCCAAAUAUCUCAGCUGAGAGAUGUUUGUAGCUGUGAAGGGGGGGGAGGGGGGGCGGAUAGUGGGGAGGGAAUGAAAAAAAAAAGUGAGCGUCCAUUAACCUUACAAACGCGCUGCGAUUGGAAUAGGCUGAUCACUGUGGAUAAACAUGGAGUAGCGCAUCAUUCCUCGAGAUCGCUAGGGUCAUCCUUUGUCGUUCUUGAGGGGAAGGCCGUGCGUAUGCGAUGGGAUGAUAGACCCUGAAUAUUAUGUGGGGGAAGUUGACGUACGUUAUAGUACAGCCACCGAGUUUUUGUUUGAAGGCUCAACUUAUAUGCCUUGCCGGAUUUGGGAUGCUUGAAUUGAAGCAAGCACUCUAUUUACCUCUUUGGCCCAUCUGCACCUCCGUUGUCUUGAUUAAUUGUACUGUCUUGCCGGCCUUUGACAAUGGCAAAAAGACAGGCCGUCUUAUUUGGUAGGAGCGACUGCGGAGGUGUGCAGGGGUUGCGACACGUUGCGGCCAUGAAGACGGAGAAUAAUUUAGGCUCAUCGCCAAACAUGCCUUGGCGAACAGUUAAGCUUGACAGGAGGGAGGUACUCAAUGGAGACCUCGCCAUAAUUACAGGAAGGCGCAGGGCGCACAUGGAUUCUGAUUGACCCUUUAAUUUCCUAUUUUACACCUUAAUAUCCACAACACAAACUCUAACUCAGC